ACCGACAGUCUUUUGGUUAGCAUCGGCUGGACUAGCAACCAGACAACUAGGGCAGAUUUCCCGCUUGCUGAGGCAGACUUCCCGCUUAUAUCGACAGUCUGAUAACCGGACAACUGAGGCAGACUUCCCGCUUAUAUCGAAAAUCUAAUAACCGGACAACUGCGGCAGACUUCCCGCUUACUGAGGCAGAAUUCUCGUUUAUAUCGAAUAACCGGACAACUGAGGCAGUCUUUCCGCUUAUAUCGACAGUCUGAUAACCGGACAACUGAGGUAGACUUCCCGCUGAUAUCGACAGUCUGAUAACCGGACAACUGAGGCAGACUGCCCGCUUACUGAGGCAGACUUCCCGCUUACUGAGGCAGACUUCCCGCUUAUAUCGACAGUCUGAUGUCCGGAUAACUGCGGCAGACUGCCCGCUUACUGAAGCAGACUUCCCGCUUAUAUCGACAGUCUAAUAACUGGACAACUGAGGCAGACUUCCCGCUUAAAUCGACAAUCUGAUAACCGGACAACUGAGGCAGACUUCCCGCUUAAAUCGACAAUCUGAUAACUAGACAACUGAGGCAGACUUCCCGCUUAGUAAGGCAGACUUCCCGCUAAUAUCGACAGUCUGAUAUCCGGAUAACUGAGAAAAUGGGCAUUUUCAUGAAAAACGGUAACAACCAAAUGGGGAGCCAGCAGUCUAAGCUAUCAAAGAUAGCUGCCCUGAACAACUCGAAAUUGAGUGAGAGUAUCAUUGAUAUGCUGAUUCUUAGAGGAGAUGGAAAUCGGUGUCAGGCUGUCUGUAGAGGAAACCCAAUAACAAAUGCCGGCAAACAAAAGCAAAUGGUGAAGAUGUUGGCAAUAGUUAUGAUUCCAAUAGUAGCUCUUCUUGGCAUAACUGCUAAUUUCUUCGUCGGGACGUUGAAUACAUAUUCAAAACUGCUUUCAAUUCGCCAAGAUUUGUUCCUGGGACGCGAGCUUGGUACGUUUCUGCGGUACUUUCAGCGGGAACGUGAUAUGAGUACUCUUUACGCCAGCAGAAUUGGCCCGGAAACUAAAAGUCGUCUUCUUAACCGUUACAUCGACACAGACAGCGCACUGAAUAAUUUGUCAUCAUGGCCUGUCAGUGUGAAUAAUAAACGCCCCGAAUUUCAGACUGUGGAUGAGUUCACGGCUUAUCUGGCCAGGCACCGAUACGAACUAGACAUCAACGAACUCACAACUAGAGGUGAAAUUGUUUUUUAUUCGGACUGCAUUGAUGUUUUCAUUAAGUGGCUAUAUGAGGCAAUAUCGGAGGCGAGUUCCGAAACAAUAUGGAAAAGUCUGGUGGCAUACCAAGAGAUCAUUGUAACCAGCGAAAACAUCGGCAGGGAGAGAGGGUAUGGGGUAACAUUUUACGCAUUGGGAUAUUUUCGUAAUCGGGAGGAAUACCUCAUGUUCCUGGAAAGCCAAGACAUUGCUAAUGUCACUUAUCGAUUUGCCAGGCAACUUUCAGAAAUCGCUUUCAACAUUUACGAUAACAGUUUGAACGAUCAUCCAAUUAUAUUCGAAAAUAUCAAGAGUAUGCGUUAUGAAAUUCGUUCUAACUACUCGUCAGCUGUUGGCGGAUCACUGGAGCUUGCCGAUAGUUGGGAUGGCAAUAUGACUUUCUACCAGGAUGUUAUCCGAGACGUCCAGCGGUCCAUUGCUGUAGAACUCGACGUUAUUAUGGAGGAUAAUGCAGCGAGAAGUGUCCGCAAUAUCACUGUAUUUUCAUUUAUGUUCGGGGCAUUUUUGUUGAUAUGUCCUCUGGUGGUAUUUGGAGUUUACUCGCUGACGUCACAAAUCCAAAAGUACUCUAUUUCAAUCGCUACGAGAACACGUGCGUUGAAGCAGGAAAAAAUGUGCACAGACACACUUCUUUAUCAAAUGUUGCCGAAAUCGGUUGCCGAAAGACUCAAGCGUAGUGAGGAGGUGGUCGCAGAGACAUUCCAACACGCCACACUCUUCUUUGGCGAUAUUGUGGGGUUCACACAAAUCUCCUCUAACAGUUCUCCACUCCAGGUCGUCAACAUGCUUAACAAGCUUUUCUCGUGCUUCGAUAAACGCAUAGAAGAGCAUGAUGUGUACAAGGUGGAAACAAUUGGGGAUGCUUACAUGGUUGUAUCAGGUGUGCCAAAACCAAAUGGGCAAAAACACGCAGGCGAGAUCGCCACAAUGGCCCUCGAUAUCUUGGUACGUGUUAGCUGCAUGAAAAUCCCACACAUUCCGGGAAAGACGUUCCAGCUCCGGAUAGGAUGUCACUCAGGUUCCGUUGUGUCAGGCGUGGUGGGAACAAAGAUGCCGAGGUACUGCUUGUUUGGGGAAAGUGUCAAUGUGGCCGCUAAAAUGGAGUCGCUAGGGCGCCCGGGUAUGAUACACAUCAGCGAGACUACGUUUGACAUACUCAAUUCACUGGGAGGUUACGUGAUGGAGAUGCGAACCGACGACGGGGCCAAGGACGAUACCGUGCUGAAUACAGCCUUUAGAGGUGUCGUUAGAACCUACUGGUUGACACAUAAGGAUGGCUUCUCCUCAGACGAUAUUUACAUGUCGUCUAGAGACAAUACCCCGGAGUCAGACGAUGCUCACCAGAAACUCUACGAGGUCGCAAGGAACAACGAAGAUCGGCAGAAGUAAGGCGAGGCCAGCAGAAAAAAAUAGCGCUGUUAACGAACAAGAUAUGUAUCAGAUUUAUCAAAGACAUGGUCAAGGUUUUAUCUAUUUUCUUGUAUGCUUUCUCGGAUAUGUAGGAAAAAUACAUUUUAUGACGGCUUUCAUCUGUUUUUGACUCGAAUAUGAGAAAAAUAUAUGACGACUGUCCCCUAAUGCUGUCUGAACUUGAUGUUUUGGCUCGGACAUGAGUAAAAAUUGACGACUGUCAUUUGGUGUCGGUUUUUGUUGGUGUUUUGGAGCCUUUUCUUGGUCUUGUUGUCUCUUAACUAAAUCUUAGUGAUGUGUCUGGUCCUAUGCUGUGACUCUGUUUAUAUACUACUGAAAGUAAAAUGAUUUAGAUAACGUGG